AUGUCGGAUCAGGAAAUCUCCCAGUCUGAGCAACCACCUCCCCAGCCCAGCACCUCAGGCCACCUGCAGGUGGUGGUAGAUGAUGAGGUCGCAGGCCCAUCAGCCCCGUGGUUAGAACCCUGCCUCCUAUGUCGGGUCUUGAAGAAGAGGGAGUGGACCUCCGAAUCAGAGGAGGAUUCUGACGAGGAGCUGGAGGAGCUGGAUAGUGAGCUAAAUCACCCCUGGGAUGUCGAUUCACUGUGUGGCCUCAAAAUGAAGCUCAAAAAACGGCGAAUGGACUUGGUGCUACCAGAACACCAUGAAGUUUUUAAGAGGCUACUAGAGGAUCCUGUUGUCAAAGGAUUCCUGGCCUGGGACAAGAACCUGAGGGUGUCUGACAAGUACCUCCUGUCUAUGGUGAUAGCUUAUUUUAGCCGGGCUGGCCUCUUCUCCUGGCAGUACCAACGAAUCCACUUCUUCCUGGCCCUAUACCUGGCCAAUGACAUGGAGGAGGACAACCAGGUUCCUAAACAAGACAUCUUUUAUUUCCUCUAUGGGCAGAGCUAUGCCCUGCGUCCCUUGUUCCACAAACUGCGCUAUCAAUUCAUCUGCUCCAUGGGCUGGAACACUUGGGUUUCCUUGGAGGAGUGUGAGGAGAUUCAAGCUUAUGAUCCGCAGCUCUGGGUGUGGGGCCGAGAUCGCACCCUCAUUCCCUAGAAGUCCUGGAACCAUGGAGGCCUGAGGGGAGGGACC